UUUGCCUUGGGCGGUAAUGGAUCCCCUAAAAUCAUGACCGUCCAAAUGAAGAGAAGGACACGUGUCCUCCCACAUUUCAUCCUCCUGAUAUCACCCGCGCCUCAGAUUCAAUGCUUGGUUAUAAAGUGGCCUAAAAGAUCAUGGGCUCUCACUAACCUUAUAGCUUUGUCUCAAGUCCUUUACUCAUCAAAAAAUCUUUCUGGAUUCCUUUGGUUUGAAGUGAAAAAUGGGUGCUCUGGAUCACAUCUCCGAGCUCUUCGACUGCUCCAGUGGCGGUUCGAAACUGAAGAAGCGCAAGCAGUUGCAGACGGUGGAGGUGAAAGUGAAGAUGGACUGCGAAGGAUGCGAGAGGAAAGUGAAGAAAGCAGUGGAGGGGAUGAAAGGCGUGAACCAGGUGGACGUGGAUCGGAAGGCCAACAAAGUCACGGUGGUGGGCUACGUGGAGGCCUCUAAGGUGGUGGCCCGCAUCGCUCACCGCACAGGUAAGAAAGCAGAGCUCUGGCCAUACGUUCCCUACGACGUCGUUGAGCACCCCUACGCACCCGGGGUGUACGAUAAGAAAGCCCCAUCCGGCUACGUGCGAAACACCGAUGCCUCUCAGUAUUCCCAUCUCGCACGUGCCAGCUCCACCGAGGUCCGCUACACCACCGCCUUCAGCGACGAGAACCCCGCCGCUUGUGUCGUUAUGUGACGCCCUUUCUUUUGCCCUUUGAUGUUCCCAAACUUUUCUAUUGUAUUGUAUCUAUCUGCUUUCGACUUCAUUGUAUAUUAAGAUUUUGGUUUUCAGAAUCUGUGUUCAAUCAAAUUUUUUCUUUGCUCA